AGGAUUGUUUUAUUAGGUAGAAGAAGAUGAACCAACUGGAUUUAUUAGAUAUGAAAAGUUUCAACCAAUGAUGGUUCGGGUGCUUACGGAAAAAAGAUAUCAGCCUGCCAGUGAAAAGCAACUGCUAAACGCAUUUACAGUUUUAGACACCGAACAAAAAGGAUACUUGACACGUGAUGAGAUUACACAGUAUAUGACAGAUGAAGGUGAACCCUUUACUAAAGACGAGAUUGAGGAGAUGUUACAUGCAUCAAUAGAGCGUGGGCAAGACGUUCUAUUGUAUAAAGAUUAUGUCACUCUCAUGGUACCAGAGGAAGACAACUAGAUUAACUUGAUAGUUCGCAGUAGCUGGAAUGUGUAAGGAUUUAGUUAGUCUCUGGCUGCGUUUGCACCUGUAGUGGCUAUUAUUAUUGUUAUGCGAGCUUCAAUGCCCGGCUUCGCCCGGGUAAUAGUUUAAUCACACAAA